AGUGGUAGAAGUCCUCUAUAUUGGCCUUGACAUCCUUUACAAGCUUUCCUAGCACCAUGUCUACAUGGGUGGACAACAUUUCUAAAUUCCUCCUUUGUAGCCUGUUCUUGCUUCCAACUUCUCUAUGCUGUCUUUUUGUAUUGUUUCUCUGCCAUGGGUUCCCUCCUUAGCUAGUCUGCUGAUAUGUCUGCUUCUUUUCCUGAGAAUUGGGAUGGACAAUUUUUAUGUUUGGAGGAUGCUGUCCUUAAAAGGCCUGCAGGUUUCCUGAGCUCCUUUGCUCUUUAGAGUUGUCUCUCAUGGGAUUCCCCCUACCAGUUUUCUGAGUACACGAAGUCUUCCCACCUGAAGUCCAGGGUCUGUACUCUGCUACUCUCCUUCCUCACCCCUUUAGGAACUGGAACUCCACUACCUCAUGAUCCCCACAACCAAAGCCUCCAUUGAUUACACAUCCCCAGCCAGUUCCUCCUUGGUAGUGAAUAGCAGAUCCAGCUGUGUGUCAUCCUUCAGUGGUCAUCCGAUUCUUGUAUCAAAAAGUUGAUUCUGACACCAUCCAGCAAUCUUUUUGACUGCUUGCACUCUGCUGUGUUGGCCUUCCAGCAGAUGUCAUGGAGGUUAAAGUCCUCCACAAGUAACAGGGUCUGUGAUCCAGAGGCUUCCUUGACUUGCUUAAAGAAGACUUCAUCCUCUUCCUCACCCUGUUUGGGUGGUCUGUAACACACUCCCAUCAUGAUGUCCCCCAUGUCACUGUCCUCUCCUCUGACCCUGACCCACAAAAUCGCAACCAAACUGUUGUCUAUCCCAUAAAAGAGCUCCAUACAUUCAACCUGCUCCUGCACAUGGAAGGAAACUCCCCCUCCUUGCCCUCUCUGUCUGUCUUUCCUGGCAUGCUUCUAUCCGUCCCUUGCAGCAUGCAAGUCAUGUGAACUGUCUCACCAUGUCUGUCAUUCCAGCAAUGUUGUGGCUUUGUGAUGGCACACAGAACUCUAGUUCCUCCUAUUUGUUUCUCCAGCAACCCCCCAAGAUGUCACGUUGGUAGAGGGGUGCCCCUAUCCCCUGCAGGGAUGUCCCUGAUAGCUAUUACUUUCCUUUUCUCCUUGUGUGAGUGCUUGGUUGAGUCUCAGCUGGCUCUGACACCUCCUCCAGCGAGAGGUCAUCUUUCUGACCUCUUCCCAGGGCACAAUACCUCUCCUCUUCCUCUUCUAGAGGUCAUUCAAUGCCAUCACUCUUAAUUGCUCUUUACAAUAUAUUCCCCUUUGUCCUGCAGCACCGUGCCUCUCCUCCCCCCAGCCCAUCCACGUACAUCUCUCUUUCCUUGUUUCUUGCCCUAUGUCUUGUCAAGCACUCAGCAUUACAGCCUCAGUCUGAAAAAGCGUCUGUAGCCUGUCCUGUGGUGCUAUGGAACUGGUGAGCCAUGGACAUGAGUCACGGCCUGCCAACUUCUGUGUCACUCUUACCAAAGUAAAUGAAAUGAUGAGGAGGAAGGAUGUGCCCUCUCACAACUGCAAAGGACUAAGAGUUUGACAUUUGGUGGUGUGGGGGAUUACCUGAAAUUACCUGGGAAGCUAAGGAUUAAAUAGGCCAAGCCUACAGGGUCCUCCAAAGCACACGUGGUUGAUCUUCGGUGUCUAGGGCUACACUUGCGUGCUGGUUUGUAUGAGUUCAGAAGAUACUGGUGAUACUUCUUCUAUGUGUAAGCUUGAAUUUUAGAGGUACUUUAAUUAUCAGCAUUAAGAAAUAUACAUCUCUGUGUUUUAAUUCGAUAAUUCAGUACGUGAUAUAACAGCAGGUACAACAGUUUCUACAUUUUACGGUAAGAGAAAUUUAUCAUUUACAUUCUGUUGACCACUAGGGAAGUGAAAAUGAAUUCUGUUUUUAGCUUCAAGAGAAUUCACUGUUUAAAAAUGCUUACAUAAUGCUAAUAUGCAAACUGCUUGUCUUUGAAGAGAGUUGUUUUCAGACUAACUUUUCAACCUCAGAAGAUAAGGAUCAGCCUUGAAGAGAGAAGCAGAUAAUUUAUUUUAAGAGUGUACACUUAGUACUGCUUAUGGGGAGUCUUUUUAAAGGUUUCGUCUUCAGGCAAAAAGGUGCCUUCAGAUCAAGGAGAAUUAGCAAGUCCAGAUGUAAUAACCUGGAAAGCUUGAGGUCCAUUAUUUUGAUAUUGUGAUUUUUUGGGAUGUUUCUGUAUUCAACCCAUGCUGUUAAUAUACUUGUCUCAGUCUUUUGGAUAAAUCUGCCAGAUGUGAGUUUCUUCCUAGAGUGAACUGACCUGGACGCACAGCAUGCACAACAGCAGCGCUGCAGCUCUGCAAACGACUGGAACAUGUAACGAGACCGUGUCCCCACAGCCAUCGAGCUCGGAGUUUUCGCUGGGUGUGUUGGUGCUCCUGGCUGUCCUUAUGGUGUUGCUAGCUCUGAUCACAGUCCUUGGGAACGCCUUGGUGAUCCUUGCUUUCAUAACGGACAGAAACCUCAGGCAUCGGAGCAAUUAUUUCUUUCUCAAUCUUGCUAUUUCUGACUUUGCAGUGGGUGCAUUCUGCAUACCUCUGUACAUCCCUUACAGCCUCACAGGGAAAUGGCUAUUGGGAAGAGGAGUCUGCAAGAUCUGGCUACUUAUGGACUAUCUUCUGUGCACGGCUUCAGUAUUUAACAUUGUUCUUAUCAGCUAUGACCGUUUCCUAUCUGUUACUAAAGCUGUAUCUUACAGAGUCCAGCAGGGAGCGGCCUCCAACCCUGUUGUGAAGAUGGUGGCCAUCUGGGUCUUGGCCUUCCUCCUCUACUGCCCGACGGUUCUCUUCUGGGAGCGUGUGGCCGGCUACAGCGUGGUCGCGGAGGAGCAGUGCCAUGCUGAGUUCUUCAGCAACUGGUACUUCCUCCUGUGUGCCUCCACCUUGGAGUUCUUUGUGCCGCUGCUCUUGGUGAGCUAUUUCAACGUGCACAUCUUCCAGAAUAUCCAGAAGCGCCAGAGACAUGGCAGCAUGCAGGAGGGUGAACCUCCGAAGAGCAGCAGCCUGUCUUGGAGAACUUGCCUCUUGCCAAGGCAAGGAGUGUCGUCUUCAGAAGCAGAGGACAGUGUUUCUUCCUCUAUGAGGCCAAAGAAAGUGUCUUUGGUAACUGAAAGCUCAUCUCCAUCCAGAGGCAAUUCUGUAACCCCAGAGAAUGAUCUUUCUGCUUCUUUCCAUGCAAAGACCAGCUCAAAACUGCAGCAGGACAAGAAAAUUGCGAAGUCGCUUGCCAUAAUUGUGUGCGUCUUUGCCGUCUGCUGGGCCCCGUAUACGUUACUAAUGAUUAUUCGUGGAGCCUGCCAAGGAACGUGUGUCCAUAACUCCUUGUAUGAAAUUACCUUUUGGCUUUUGUGGCUCAAUUCUGCUUUGAACCCAUUUCUCUACCCUCUCUGUCACAUGAAGUUUCGAAUGGCUUUCAUGAAAAUAUUAUGUCCCAAAAAGCUUUCAACAUUGAGAUCAAGCUCUUUUUAGAAGGAAAAAAAACUGUACAGAUUUACAGCUGAAGAGCAGCUGUAGCUAUACUGAAUGAGGGAUGCAAGAGGCCAAGGUCUGUAAGUAGAUGCAAUAUCUUUCAAUAGAUUAGAAAGGUUGGACAAACAAAGUGUACUUUCCCCAGCUAUUUCAAUUGGCCAGAUAAAAGAUAUUGCCUCUAUCUUCAAACCUUACCUUGACUUACCCUAUCAGACCAGUCACACUAUCUUCAUUCUGGUUGUUAAAGAUACUAUUUUCAAUAAUAGUACAGCUUAUAUUCGUGUUCAUGGAUGGUAUUAGUUAAUAAUGCAAUAAAGAUGGUUAUUUGCUAUAAGGUCAGUAGUAUUCAAAAGGCAGCAUCUUCUCUUUUCUCUUUUUUUUUUUUUUGAACAGUUUAUACUGCAUUCAGAAGCAAUUUUUUUCUUACUGUAAAAUAUUCAGUUAAUUUAUGAUUUCUGUUGUCAGACACAUGGCAGGAUUCCUUUCUUUCAUGAUUCUUAGACAUCAAGGACAACACAGGGACUACUUUUAAAGAUCUUAAUGAAGAUGUUCUCUGGAGAAAGGCAUUAAUCUGCAUACCUGAUGAGAUGAAGUGGUGGAGAAUUCAGAGCUGUAAGGCAUUUAUGCAUAUCUUCAGCUAUUCUUUAAGAAACAAGCCUUCUACAGCUAUAGUUUUGAAAGAUCAUGGAAAAGAGUAGCAUUUCCUAUUCAAAACUGUUAUAGAAAUCAAGGCCAGGCCCAUAGGGAGCAGCAUGCUGACCACGGUCGGGAAUGUAUCUGUGACUGAAUAACCCAACAGAGCAUCUUGCAGACUUCGGGAAUAUGUGACCUCCUUGGAUCCUGUCUGAUUGCACCACCACAAGAGCAUCAGCCCAGCCCUGAGCAGGGGGAAGUAGCCUCAUGAUCACAGGCCCUCGUUCUCAUGGGAGACUUCAACCACCGUGACAUCUGCUGGAAAGACAACAGCUAGGCAACAGAAAGACAGCAGUCCAGGAGGUUCCUGAAGAGCACUGAUGAUAACUUCUUGACUCAGGUGGUGGAGAAGCCAACGAGGAAAGGUGUGCUCCUGGACCGUGUACUAACAAACAAAGAAGGACUGGUUGGAGAUGUGAAGGUUGGGGGCAGCCUUGGCUGCAGUGAC